GUUGAAGCCUGGUGCAGUCGUCUUUCUUACAAAGUCACCGAGCGAUAACAAAAACAACUUAAUUAUUAAUUUCCUUUGGUUGGACUGAUACCUUCCCAACUGCCACGGAGGAGUUAUAUUUAUCAUUUGUUAGUUGAGAUUAUCAUGACCACAGUCCCUAUGGCACACACCACACGGCGACAAACUAUACCGUGUAAACUAAACUAAAUAAAUAAAGACCUCGCUUGCUUAGUUGCUUGUGAUUUCGUAUCAUCAUCUAAUUUGCUCUCAUACGUACAAGUAGAGCUAAUGAGCAACCAAGUGUGAUAACUGCAGUAUUUAGUGCAUAAUUAAUGAGAGCAGUAUUUGGAAAACAUGAUAUUAAUUGGUUAACUUCCUCCGUGCAAAGUUAGUUUCAUUUUUGACAUUGACUUUCGACCUAAUCUUUAAGGCAAACUCCACCCGCGAGUGUGCAUGCAAGUGCACUCACCAAGUGACAUCCUAUUGCGACUAUUGUCGGUGGGAGGAUAGGAGAUCUAAAUCUGGAACGAAAUAACAAGGAGACAUCCGAGUCCGAGAUUUUAACGCCAUAUGCUAAAUGUGAAUGAAAACACUCACGUCUGCGUUUUUGAAGUCUAUCGAUCCACGCGACGUCAUUCGCAAUUUCAUUGCCCACGCAAACCAACAUCCAUCAGGACAACAACUACUCUUCGACUGAAGUACGACCGCCUAAAAGCCCUCUGCAACUUGGUAGUCCCUCUUUGUGUGGUUUGUGGUCAUUGUAGCUGUAUUAUUUUUAAAAGGUAGUUCAGUUGACACAAGUGCACAGAGAUAAAUCAACUACAUUUCUCUUGCAAUAGUAUCGCCACUGAUUUAUUUGCAGUAUUCGGAUACACAAAUCGCAUAGCACUACAUUAUCUUUUUUUGCAACAGAUUGACCUUAAAACUGGGUAUCUUCCACUGAUUCAGAUAGUUUAAUAAGUAAUUUAGUAGCUCAUUUCUGCGGAGAUAUCAUUCAAGAUGAAUAUGGGAGCUUAUUUUGGGUUGGUUUGCACAUUCUUGAGCACAAUAUCUUUCAUCGAAGCAUUUGAGAAGCAGUCGUUUCCAAUCUUUAUGCCAAAUGUGCAGCCACAAAAGCCCGAGACCUAUUUAUGUACCCCCAUUCGUGUAGAUCCUACAACUAAACAUUACAUUGUUGGAUUUGAACCAAAUGCAUCGAUGGACGUGGCCCAUCACAUACUCAUGUAUGGCUGCUCUGUACCUGGACGAAAUGAAGAGGUUUGGAACUGUGGCGAAAUGGCAGCAGCCCGUCAGCCUGGUCUGAAGUCAGCGAGCCCUUGUGCGAAGGGGUCACAAGUGAUCUACGCCUGGGCCAGAGACGCCCCAGCUUUAGACCUCCCCGACGGAGUGGCGUUCGAAGUGGGAGGCAAUACGGCCAUCCAAUACAUUGUGCUCCAAGUUCACUACGCGGAUGUGUCGUCCUUUGAAGAUGGUAGUACUGACAACUCUGGAAUUAUCCUACACUAUACCGAGACACCGCAACCUAAAGCUGCCGGCGUAUUUCUUCUUGGAACAAACGGAUGGAUUCCUCCACUCCAAACAGAAUACAUGGAAUCCGCAUGCACCAUAAACGAGGAUAAAGUCAUAAAUCCAUUUGCGUUUAGGACACAUACACAUUCACUGGGCAAAAUUGUAUCUGGUUAUCGUGUACGAAGAGAUCACAAAGGAGUGGAUCAAUGGACACUCAUCGGAAAAAAGAAUCCAAUGCGACCACAAAUGUUUUAUCCCGUAGCAAAUAAUAUCACUAUUACAAAAGGAGACGUUCUGGCUGCAAGAUGUACCAUGGUCAGCAAUCGAGCGAGGAUUACAAAAAUUGGAGCAACGAAUGAGGACGAGAUGUGCAAUUUUUACGUGAUGUACUGGAUGGAGGGGUCGAGCCCACUGAACCAAAAGUACUGCUUCACUAUGGGUCCGCCCUUUUACUACUGGAGUCGUGGGAAGCCCUGGCUGAACAACAUUCCCGACAAAGACGCCUCCUCCAUCUAAUAAAACGGAAAGAAGCCAAUCAACGAAGAAAUCCGUAUUAUUUUUUAGAAAUAAUUUUUGCAGAAGCGUUGUUGCACAAACUUUCGUUACGGGAAGUUGAGUUAUUUUUAUGUUACACGAAUUCUUUCAUAGUUUUGUAUCAUUUCUAUUCACAACUUGACUAAUCCUGAGUAUGCAUUCCAUAUUUAUUUUUUUCACCUAUUAGGUUUGUAAAAAUCUGAAAAACCUGUUUAAAAUUUAAAAUUUUGUAACAAUUGUGUUAUUUCUCAAUGAGCUGGAAAAAGACUGUAUGACGUACUUGUGUUUAAAAAUGUAACUUUAUUUCUUUGUUAGUAAAUUAAUUCUGAUUGAGUAAGAUUAAGGUGUAAAAUUAUAUAAAAAAUGCAUAUAAAAAUCAACUCCAUAUUUCAAAAGUCUGACGAUUUAAGCAAAUGUCUCCCCUAUCAAAUAUUGUAAAUUACACUGUACUAAAAAAAUAUUUCAUCAAUUUGAUGUACACACGUGUGAAAUCUGAUUGUGCGUACCUUGUUAAACCUUAAAUUGCGUGAUUGUUGUUGAUGAACAUUAAUGUGAUCUGUCUAAAGAAUCCUAUUUACCUAUAUCUUGUCCAUAUUUUAGUUGUUAUUACACAUCUUCCAUAGCAUACGACAUAUACUAAUACUAUGUAUGUAAAUUAGAAAGUAUUUUCAUGAUCGGUGCUCUGAUUCAAAUUCCACAUCGGUAAUAUAUGCCGUUUACAUAAUACUUAACAAUAAUUUGAAUUACUCCAAGUGCAGAUUGCGUGUCAUUUUUUUAAAUCAUUUGUUGUGUUCAAGUCUUUUAGGAAGAUUGUAAGUUUACAUUAUUGGCAUUUGAUUUAUUUUUUAUAUAUCAAUUGGUGCAGAAUAAUCCGUAAUAAAAUGGUUUGUUUCAAUCAGA